AGGGGUGCCCGGGCGGUGAUCGGGAGGUCUCCAGCGGCCCGAACCAGGCCCGGGUUUCCGCUUCCCUCCGGGCGUGAGAAGAGAGGGGCCAGGCCGAGCCCCGGCCCUACCGCCGCCGCCGCCAUGUGGCCCCCAGACCCCGACCCCGACCUGGACCCCGAGCCCGCCGGCGGCUCCCGUCCCGGCCCCGCGGUCCCCGGGCUCCGCGCCCUGCUGCCGGCGCGGGCUUUCCUCUGCUCUCUCAAAGGCCGCCUCCUGCUGGCCGAGUCGGGUCUCUCAUUCAUCACUUUUAUCUGCUAUGUGGCAUCCUCAGCAUCUGCCUUCCUCACAGCGCCUCUGCUGGAGUUCCUGCUGGCCUUGUACUUCCUCUUUGCUGAUGCCAUGCAGCUGAAUGACAAGUGGCAGGGCUUGUGCUGGCCCAUGAUGGACUUCCUGCGCUGUGUCACCGCGGCCCUCAUCUACUUUGCCAUCUCCAUCACGGCCGUCGCCAAGUACUCGGAUGGGGCUUCCAAAGCCGCUGGGGUGUUUGGCUUCUUUGCUACCAUCGUGUUUGCAAUUGAUUUCUACCUGAUUUUUAACGACGUGGCCAAAUUCCUCAAACAAGGGGACUCUGCAGAUGAGACCACAGCCCACAAGACAGAAGAAGAGAAUUCUGACUCGGACUCUGACUGAAGGCCUGGCGGGCGCCCUGGCAACCUGAGCCACACAGGCCUCCACCCCUGCGCCUCACAGGGGACGCUGGCGUUGGAAGGGAGGCCUGGACUUCUGAGUUGCAGAGGGGGCUGCGGAUACAGCAGGCCCCCUACAGCCUCAGGUUCUGCCUGAGCCCAGCCUACCAGGCUUGCCCCUCAGCUCAGCACUGUUGACCAUGCUGCGUGUGAGGGCAUCUUGGGUAUCCAACCCCUUCUCCCCAUUUCUGUCCCACAGGCCUUCAGCCCUUUAACCUCUCUGCCAAAAACCAGCACAAGGAGACAAAGCAGAGCCUUGUCUGUAUCUGGGCAGCAGGUGUUCCAUGCUGCUAGGUGGCGGGGGUUGGGGGUCUUCUGUUUCACUAACAGGAACAAAGACAGAAACCGUGACAGGGCUGCCCCACCAGGCCCCGGUGGGUUUGUCUGCACUUGAUGCCCCUGCCCGUGCCAGGCUCUUUGGUGACAAUGACCCUUCCAAGAAUCUUUGGUUCAAGGAGCACCAGUUCCCUCUUCUUUCUUGAAGCAGGGAGAAACUGACCUUUGCCUUGUCGCCCAGGAAGUGGGGCUUGGCACCCGUAACUGACACCUCCCACCCUUGGAAACCAUGUCUUCUGGGGGUGAGAUGACCAUUCUGGGUCUAAGACUGUUUCAAAGAAGAGCUCAUAGACUGACUGGUCCAGAAGACAAAGGGUACAACAGUGGCAUCACAGUGACAGUGUCACGGGGAGCUGGGUGGGCCCAGCCAAACCUCCCUUCUCCCUAGAGCCCAGCCAGCAGGCAGGAGUUCCUGGACCCUCAGGACAGUGAACUUCCAGACCCCAGGGCAGGUCUAUGGGCCACUGCGGGAGAUGAGACCAGCCUUCUGUGUUCACCCAACGAUUUAUACUGUGUAUCUGUCUUUGAUGGAAUUUUGUAACUUUUUAUAUUUUUUUAUGCAAAAGCAGCUUCUUAAAAGAUGGCAUUUUCUGUGACUCUAGGCCUCACAAAAGAGCCAGAGUUCUGGACCCAUGUUUGGAGCAUUUGUAGCCUUAUUCUCUUGCAUGUGAAUCUCUUACCCUGAAAAAAAGCCAUAAUGAAUUAAGCCAGACUGACCACUUGCUUGGAGUGUGUGUUUGAAAAAACCAGAGCAAUACUGUUGGGUAUUGUGUCAGGCUUCAUUACAAACUGGUAAUGCCAAUGUGGAUCCUGACAGCUUUCAGUUUUAGCAAAAAUACACAUGAAAUCUGA